AUGAAGAAACUUCGUAUGUUUUAUUGGUUCCUCUUUGUGGCAUUAAACCAAGGUAAAAUAUUUAAUUCAGUUGUUUUUGAAAUGGUUUGGUGAACUGUUGGGUUUUAAAUUGCAAAUGAUAAACAAUGGGGGCAUUGUUCGACAGGCCAUGAAACAUGAUCUCUGUAUGAACGCGACGCGAUUUUUUCAGUUCGAAACUGAAAGUCAAUAAACGCGUUGUUUCCAAUCAAAGCACUUACUAAUUUGUAACAUUUUUGUUCCAUUGUAGUUUCUAUUGUAUUUUCCGCUCAAGCAGCAAAACGCCAGUUUUCUGCCAUACAAGGUGGGUUCCAUACUACUAUGAAAUCUCUUAGCAUUAAAAAUGCCGUGCAAUAUAAAACAAUGAAAAGACAAUGGAACUUUCCGAUCACUGGAUCAUGACUGGAUGGCAUGGAAAACAGUGGGAUUUUCAAAACAAUGAAAAGACAAUGGAACUUUGCGAUCACUAGAUCAUUCAUCACUGGAUGGCAUAUCAUGACUGGGAUUUUCAAAACAAUCAAAAGACAAUGGAACAUUCUAAUCACUGGAUCAUGACUGGAUGGCAUGGAGAACAGUGGGAUUUUCAAAACAAUGGAAAGACAAUGGAACUUUCCGAUCACUGGAUCAUGGCUGGAUGACAUGGAGAACAGUGGAUUUUCAAAACAACAAAAAGACAAUGGAGCAUUCUGAUCACCGGAUCAUGACUGGAUGACAUGGAGAACAGUGGGAUUUUCAAAACAAUGGAAAGACAAUGGAACAUUUUGAUCACUGGAUCAUGACUGGAUGGCAAGGAGAACCAUGGGAUUUUCAAACCAGAAACCCUAACUAAAGUUCAUUUUUCUUUCAGCUCUUGCAGGACAGCUGGGUAGCUUUCCGUACACAGGGGUCGGAUGUUUUCGGGAUGCGAUCGCGAAGCCGAGGCCGUUUCCGGAGAUGCUCGGAAACCUUCGUAACCAGAUUGACCUGACCAACCCUAACUCCACAAUCGCAAAAUGUGCUGCAAAAGCAUACAUAGGUCAAUUCCAGUACUUUGGUAUCGAGUAUGUGGCCGAGUGUUGGAGUGGAGCUGGUGGGAAUCUGACGUACAAUAAAUACGGUCCAUCCUCACAAUGUGUCAACGGUCUCGGAGGAGACGAGAGUCUGUAUGUUUACAAGUUUAACAAUCCACGUAAGUCGAAUCUGGUUUUAAAUUUCUAUUAUUCUCAGCGUAGCCCCCAUAGGCACUCUAUAAUCGAGACAGAUGAACCAUGAAGAUACAUCCUCUGACGCGAAAGGGAGUUGAUGAUAUAGUUCCAAUUAUUUUUCACCCUGCUCGGUUUCCUUUGUUCUUACCGGUGAAUAUAUUCGUUUAAUAAUCCCCUCUAAUAUUCACCUGCGAUGUUUUGCAGCACAAAAAAAAUGAGAAAAAAAAACAUAACGAAGGCAAUAUGGCAUUAAGAAUUAUUUCUAUUCUGACUCAUUAACGCGACCUCCCAAUGUGAAAAAUAAGUACGUUAUUUUGAGGCACCUCGGGGAUAUAUCCCCUCACAUAUCCCCUCGUUGCCUCAAAAUAACCUAUACUUCUCUCUAGUUCUCGUCAACUUUGAGCUGGUUGAAAUUCUCAUGAGAGAUGAUGACAGGUUUUGCUCGUUCGACUUGUCUGGUAAUAUUUAAUCAACUCUCGUAAACUCUUGUUCUUGUUUGAGAAAACUUUCACGCCAACUCUAGCUUGCAUUUGAACAUCAACUCAUGCACCCUCUCAUCAACUUUUGAGCUCAGGUUCAAAUUUUCAUGAGAGUUGAUGAGAGUCCUCCCUAUGCGAUAUGAUAUUUCUGAUAUUUCAUAUUUCUAUUGCGCGAGUUUUCAUAUGUAUAGGAUCAAGUGCGCAUUACAAUCACAGCCGGAACUGGCGUGAAGCAGACCGAGGUAGACUGUGAGCUUACAGAUGGCGCUUUAAGCAGCCGCUAUUAGGCCAUACCUCAUUAAUGAUCUGCCCCUAACCUAUGUGCCUAACCCACUCUGUCAACUUUCCUGUGGGAGGAGACCGGAGUAACCGGCAGAAACCCACGACUUUCGGCAGAGCGUUGACUUUUACUCUUUCCACACGAGGACUGGGUUUGAAUUGAAUUGAAUUUAUUAAUUGACAUUCCCUAAAAUGGAUUUUCAAUGACAAUUUACAUGGAUUUUAGAAGGAAUUAUGAGUUAUCGACUAUAUAUAUUUACAACAAUCUUAUCAAAGUUAUUACGCGAACUAAAAUUAUACUAUAUAUUAUGGUUUAUCUGUUAAAAAAGUUAAAAAGGAGGACAUCGCUCCUCAAUACGAAUUGUCUUAAGUUUCGUCUUAAAAUUGUUCAAAUCACUAAUUGAUUUCAGCUCUGUAUCUAGACCAUUUCAUAUCUUAGUCCCUCGGUAUUUGAACGAUCUUUGACCGAUCGAUUUGAACGAUCUUUGACCGAUCGAUGUCCUAUUUUGGAAUAUCCAUGCAGGUCUUCGAGUCACAUUGAGAAAUUCUCACUGAGAUUUGAACCUGUGACCUUAGGCUUAGAGGUAAAAGGCAAGUGCGCUAACCACUUCGCCACCAAAGCCCCUCACAAUAUACCAUAAAGGGAUUCUUGUUCUCUUUUGACCAAUGUUUUAUUCAAUCACACGAUAAUUUCAAUUCAAAUCCUUGAUUUACAGCCAAACCGCUACCAAAUCCUGCAAGUCUAGGCUGUUUUCCAGCGCAAACAACGGUCGAACUUAAGAAUGGCCGACAGAUAACGAUGGCCGAGCUACAACUUGGCCAAGAGGUUAAAACACUAGAUCCAAACGGCGGCGUCAAAUUUUCUGAAGUUAUUGCGUUCCUACAUAAACUUCCAACUGGGUCGUACACAUUUCUUCGAUUUAUGCUUGAAGGAGGGUUAGAGGUUACCCUAACCCCGGAACAUUUGAUUUAUGCCUCGCCUCGAAAAGCCUUGGUUCGUCAAGCUGUGUUUGCAAGGGAUGUAAAAGUUGGUGAUAAAUUUGUUACAUCUGGUGGGAUUAUGAAGUCAGUUCUAAAAAUAACCACAGUCAGUGACGUCGGUUUAUAUGCUCCACUAACCAUCGAUGGCAAUCUGUUCACGGAUGGUGUCCUAGCCUCGUGUUAUGCGCAUGUGCGAAGCCACGAGUUGGGUCACCUAAUGAUGGUUCCUGUCCGAGCCUUGGGGCAGGCUUUGCGUAUAAUUGGAGAAAUAUCAUUCACUGUGCCUUCAUUGGACAAUAUACCGAGUGCAAACGCCUGGGACACUGCUGUAAACUAUUACACUCGCACGCUAUUGGCAUUUACUAAUUAUCUGCCAUUUAAAGACUCAAUUAUAAGCGUCCAGCCUGGAAUGUAG